UCUCGAAAUUCUGCACGGAUGUUAUUAUGAUGUCACAGAUAGCUGAUUUGCAUAACGCACCAGAGUUACGACAAUGGUGUCUCUAUUUCCUUUCAAUUCAUUAUAAUGAUGCGUGCCGGAGUAUUCCUAAGAUUAUGAAGAGUCUACCCCCACCCACGUUAUCCCACCUUGAAGAACAUCGAUGGCCUCCCGUCUGGUUCAUCAAACAACAGGAUGUUUACGAUAAAAGUCUUUAUCAACGCAAGGAGGAGGAAAGUGGAAGGAAGUAUCGGAAAUAAUCCAUUGUUGGUGGUUGUGAUGUCAUAAUCAACUAUUGUUGCUAGUUGUGAUG